UAAUUGUCAUCCCAAACUAGCUAUAUAUACACACAAUGCAAACCUUCCCUCUUCCAUAUGAUAUUUUCAAGUCCUAAACAAAGAAAAUCAUACCAUACCUUCAUUUAAAUUCCAUCUCCUACCUUAAAUUUAUUCACUCAUUAAAAAUUUCCCCUCCCAUACCAAAGAUCUCAAAGAAAAAAAUAAAGUUUCUUUUUCUAAUUUAUUUCCCACCCACCACCUCCCUUUUUUCCUUCUUGGCAACAUAAAUAUGGGACUAAGGGACAUUGGAGCUACACUGCCUCCCGGGUUUAGGUUUUAUCCAAGCGAUGAGGAGUUGGUCUGCCAUUAUCUCUACAAAAAGAUUGCUAAUGAAGAAGUCUUGAAGGGUACUUUGGUGGAAAUUGAUUUGCAUUCAUGUGAGCCAUGGCAGCUUCCUGAGAUGGCAAAGUUGAACGCAAACGAGUGGUACUUCUUCAGCUUUCGUGACAGAAAGUACGCCACGGGGUUCCGAACGAAUCGGGCAACGACAUCUGGGUACUGGAAAGCAACAGGGAAGGAUCGAACGGUAGUCGACCCAAGAACACAAGAGGUUGUAGGGAUGAGAAAGACAUUGGUGUUUUACAGGAACAGAGCUCCCAAUGGAAUCAAAACGGGUUGGAUCAUGCAUGAAUUUCGCCUCGAGACCCCACAUAUGCCUCCUAAGGAAGACUGGGUUUUAUGUAGAGUUUUUAACAAGAGCAAGGGCGAGAACAGCACCAAACUCAGCCCCUCGAUGAUGUUCGAGACUUCAACUCGUGACCCUUCUUUAACAGACCAAACAAGCAUGCCUUGUGGGUAUCAACAAAUCAGCUCUUUAUCCACCACACCUGCCCACCAAAGCCAUGGCCAAAGCUUGCUAAACCUGCUUCAAUACAAUAUUUCUCAGGAAAAGGACAAUAACAACAAUCCCUACAGCAAUGAAGUUAGCUCCAAAGUUAAUGAUGAUUACGAGUUCUUUUGGGACAUGAGCAUGGAAGAAAACAGCUUUGGAGAUCAUCAUGUUCAUGGGGUGGCUUCCAACUUGGAGGACAUGAGAUUUGAGAUUAAUGAUAACAACAAUAUGGUUUUCCUAUGAAAAAUGUUGCAUACUUUAGAGAAACACACA